AUGGAUUUGGACGAAACAAUGACCACAUCCACCGCCUCCUCUCCGUCCGCGCCGGAUACCUUUGAUGACGACAACUUGUUCCCAGAUUCUCGUGUCACUGAUCGUGCGCGUACCCCUGCAAACGACCAUCUCAACGCCGCUGCACCAGGCGAGCUUUCCCCUCCACGGUCUCAACCUCGCUCCGACGAACGCGUUCCACAAGCAAUUCCAAACGGCGCCAGUCAGCAAGCAAACAUGUCAGUCACUCGAAACGCCGCAAAAGGUACGGCGAUGGACCCAGCUCUGUUGCCAGAAAGCCAAAAGGAUGAUGUCUCGUCGCUGUCAGCUGCUGGUGCCCUAGGCGAGCGUGAAGAAAGACCAGGCUGGGGCUGGAAGAACAAGAAGGCACAGGAGGAAAUGCAGCGCGCAUGGGACAGUGUUGUGGAUCGUGACUUUAGUCUCAAGGAAUACGGCGAUGUGGUCAUGCUGGGCAAACAGGGAUUGCAGCAG